AUGGAAGAUAAAAAGUUAUUAUCAACAUCUUCCCCCGAAGGUAUUCAAAUCGCCUCGAAAAUUACACCUGAAAGAUUAGCUAAUUUGUUAAUUCGUAAGGGUCCAUUACCAAUUCGUCAUAUUACCAACCAAUUGUCUUUAGAAGUUCAAGGCUUCAACCAAUUAUCAUUAUCUAAACAAAGAAGAUUAAUUAUGGCUGCAAUGGAACAGACUGACACUGCAAACAAUGUUGUAUUUGAAAAAAUUGGUUGGGGUCAGUGGGCUGUUAGAAAAGUCGACAGUGAUUACAUUGUUACUGAAGGAACUGACCCUGAUAAUAAUUCAACAAUGGAUUCCAAAAUGAGUAGUUCUCCUGGUAAUGUAGGUAACGAAGAGAAGCAAAUCAAUGUGAAUGAUUUAAGAAAACAACCAAAUUUGAAAUUAGGUUGGUCUAAAAAGAAAGAUAGACGUGAAUCUAUUACUAACAACAAAUCAAAUUUACAUAAUGUCAAAUUACCCAAUGAAAAGUUAAGCACUAGUGCAAUCGUUUCUGAUUCAGAAGAGGAUUCAGAUGACGAUAUCGAUGACAUAGAGGAAGAUGCUAUUGAGGAUGCCAUUGAGGAAAGCUCUAGUGAAGAGGAAAGCAGUGGGAGCGAUGACUUGUUCAAAUUCGAUCACGAGUUAGAGUCAAAGAGAUCUCCUCCAAUCAAAUUCGCUAAUAGAGUUCCAUUGAAAUUGAGUCCUCCACCGAAUAAUAUCAAUUCUGGUUCAAGAAGAAAAUCUUCCAGUUCGAGUGUGGUGAAAAAUACCAACUACAAGCAGAUUUUUAAUCGUUCGAGAUUGAAUUCCUUGGACAAUUUGGAUAAUUAUAUUAUCUCGUCUGCAAAAAAUUCAAAUUUAUCAUUCAAUUCUCCACCACCUCCACCACCAGCUAUUGCUAUGCAAAAUAUUUCAGGUUCACCUUUGUCGUCAUGGAGUUCAAACAAUUACGGUAAUUCACCCAGUAAUGGUGAUAUGAUUCAUAAUCGUCGUAAAUCAUCGUUCAAUGAAUCUAAUAUCAGAUCUACUUUAUCAUCAUCGAUACCUUCAUCAGUCGCAACACCAUCCAACUCACAUAUAUUAUUGAACAAGCUGCAUGAGAACAGUUUGUCGGAUACCGACGAAGAGGAUUGGGCUACAAUAGGUGCCGAAAGUUUAAGGCAAAAUAAUUUGGAUUCAGAUGAAACUAAGGCAGCUUUGGCUUUAGUAGACUUGAUGUCUGUAUAA